AUGUAUCCGCAAACCGGAGAAAUGUGCGGACCUCCAACACCCAUAGUGCCGCUUCAAAGAACGCUCUUCUUCAAAGAUGUCAUCUCGGUUGGCGGCCUCGAGCGCUCACCCGCUCCAUCAUCGCUUCUCAGCCCAAGGCCCACUCCGUACCCCAAUCCAGGGUAUUUUGGCACUUCUAGCCAUACUACUAUCUUCGACCAUAUCUCGGCGGAGCGCGAUUUAACGCCUAGUGGCCAUGAUGUGCCAAGUACUACCUUGUCGGCAGCUUCGCAUCACCAGCUGGCCGAUAAUGCUGCGCUGCUACAGGGCGCCGGCGCGCUUCGCCAUUUGUUGGACCACUUCCAAUUAUCAGCCUUGAGAGACAUUGUCACAUCAUGGCUUGCAAAGGGAGCUAACCUUGCGCUGGCAGAGCCACUAGUCGAAGCAUGUGCUAAAGGCAUCGCGGGUCUUGUCUCAUCCGUGCCACAAGACGAUAGUUGGCAUAUAUCCUGCGCAAGCCAUCUCCUGCAUAAUUCAUCGCAGAUACUCGCACUCAAUGCUAAUAGCACGUUUUCUGAAUUUUUGGACAUGAUCAUCGGCCCGAAGUUUCGAAAAUAUUUCCUUCGGAAGCUUGCAACCAAGUUAAGCGAUUGGGCAUUGGAGAUAUGCUUGUCACUAGACUGUCUCAAUGACAUCCAGCUUGUUUUACAAUAUGAAAACUUUAUCAUGCAUUCGUUCGUUGAUGGUGAUCACAGCUACCAUUCAUGGCGGAAGCUCGGAGAUGUAAUCUCGUCUAUAUUCGCCCUAGGCUACCAUGAGGAUAUUGACUCCAAGAACGACGUACCAUUUUUUCUCAAGCAGUUGCGGAAGACUGCCUUCGCGAGAAUAUACUCAGCCGACAAGAAUGUCGCAAUUUUUCUGGGCCGACCGCCUCGUAUGACGAAACGGUUUUGCUUCUUCCAGAUUCCAUUAUCGUCUUCCGAAAUGCAAGGUCAUUCCGAACUCUGGGACAUGAACGAAAAGGCCAGUUACCAAGCAGAAACUCGAUGGUCUGCUCUGUGCGCAUCACUCAAAGAAGAAAUUCUCGAAUUGACUCGAAAAAAGCAUCAUCAAGCCACGAGCCCUGAGCAGGUGAUAGCAAUUCAAAAUUCCGCAACAGCUCAAUGGGGCAACCUCCCUCCUCAUAUGAAGCUAAAAGGAGAUUUUGAGCAGAGUGAAAUGUACACCCCUUUUGAACAAGACUUUCUGAUUAGCGUGCGGCUAAAUUAUCUGCAUGUACAAUUUCUGCUCCGCCUUCUGCUUCUAAGUUCACUCAUUGAGCCAGACGUCUCGCUAGUAGCGAUAGCGGAGGAAAUGCUAUCCCGCGUCGUCGAAGCCAUUCUUAUGCGACAGGAGACAAUAGACUCUGGAACAAGUCUUGUGUGGAAGAUUGUCCACUACGGGCUACCAGCAGCGGGUAUAGUUGUUCUCUCUAUUCUUAAGCAGAUGAGAUAUCGAUCGAACUUGGAUAAUUCGAUGACAAAAGCUAUUCGAGAUCUGAGUGUUUUUGUCGCCGGAAUUCAAAAAGGCUCAAUUGUGUUGAAAGGAGAUCCCAUCUAUUCAUUACUAUCCAAAGCGACACAAACGAUUCAAAGAUUACUCGAUUCGUUUUAUUCGGGUGUUGCUCAAGAGGGACCAAAAAGCGUGCCGCUUGAUGAAAAUAGUGUUGAUGACUGGGCGGUCAUACUUGGUCAAGACUUUUGGGACUUUGAGACAGGGUUUUGGGAGAACCUCGCGGACCAUCCGUCACUAGUGGCUCCUGAGGAGACAAGGUUCUCAGAUUUGUGA